UUUAAAAUAUGAAAUUAAUCAUGCAUUAAACACAUACAUAUUUCUUCACAGAUAGCUACGCAAAAACGCAAUAGAUGAAUAAUUAAAGAAUAAUGCAUAUACAAAGCGCGAGUUUUGAGAAUUUGAAAAAACCACCGUCUUACUGAGAUACGUGCUUGCAUGCAUAAUUAGUGUAAGAAUAAGUGGCAACAGGAAAAGUGAAGAUGCGAUGUUAAAAGAGUGCAGAGAAAAAAGGAUAUCAUAAUUCAUGAUAUCAAAACACCAACCAAACACUCAUUUAUGAUUACAAAUUGACGUCAAACAAAUGCUUCAAACGGUAAAUGGAAUGUGAGUGAUUCAAAGUCAACAUUAACUACAGUUACAACUACAACUCAACUUUUGAUUGAAGUGAAUACUGUGAAGAAAGAAAUUAGCGAUUGCAAUCGAGUCAGUUUACGACACUUAAAAGGGUUGAAUACAACAGUGCUGUAGAGGACUAACUUUCUAUCAAUAGUGUGUGUGUAACUGUGUGUAUGUGUGAUGUUUCAACAUUGUGUUUUUGUUAUGUAAGCUAUUCAUGCUUUAACAGUUUAAAAUGUCGUUGUCGUAAGGAUAACACUUGAACAGUGAAGUGGCGAAACAAAAGGAAACAUUGAAGCACUUGUUGCUACUGCAUGAGUAUAUAGUGCAAGAAAAACAAAAAAAAAAAAAACAAAAAAAAAAACAAAAAAAUACUACACAGAAAAUACGAAAACCAUAUUAAUGGCGGUGAUUGUAUAUAAAUCGAGACUCAGCGCGCGAUUCGCAUCAAUUUGGUGUUGACCGUCGCGUACUUAAGAGGCCUCGACUUGACAUGUAAUGGAAACGGAAGUACUCGUAUUCAAAACGCAACAGUAUAACAAACAAAAAUUAAUUUGAAUACACCCAUAUAUAUUGUACGAGUAUAUACGGAAAAUCGAGUGUGAGUGUGCCUUUCAUUGACUAAAAGUGUAGAAGCGAGAAGCACAUUUAAAAAGGCAAAUUAUCACUUGAAAAUAAAAUGACACAGCGACGCACACCAGCUGCAUCGGCAGCCAUCAACAGUCAUCAGAUAAUUUUCGCUUUUGUUGCGUCAAUUGUGUGGUUGGCGAGUGACGCUUGCGCAUUGCCAGCUAUAAAUACGCUGCUGGGCUUACCGACAUACAAUUCACAUCCACAAGUUGACAUGCAGCAAGCAUUACUGAAUGAAUUGUUUGACAAUGUUAAUGAAGAUGCAUUUUUCAGUGAAUUGAAAAAAUACCAACACCAGCAACCAACAUAUCUCAGUAAGUGGGCCGGCUUACGUGACAUCUUACCAACGUUUGAUUACGGAGAAGAACAUGCCGAUUCUGGUGAUACGGACGACAGUUACGAGACAUCCAAUACACGUCUAGUUGACCAUCUACAACAGCUAGCUACGAACUCAGUGGACGGCAUAGGUGUAGGCGACGUACGUGCUGAUAACCCCGCUGUUAUUCAGCCGGUUAUGCCAUUUAGGAAGAAGCCUCAAUCGGGACCCGUUGCAUUCAAAGAUCAUGGCAUUAAAAAGAAUAUACAAUUACACAAGCAAUAUAUGUCACCGUGCCAUUUCAAAAUCUGCAACAUGGGACGCAAACGGAACGCCCGCUAUUUAGAUGAUUGAAUUUGAAUUUACAAAAAUCUUUCGAAAAUACCAAAUUAAAAAUUCAUAUCGGCCAAAGCUACUUAAUAUUUAUGCUAUAUACAUACGUAUGUUCGUACAUAAGCCCGCUUAUUUGUGUACAAUGCGUGUUGGUAGUUGUUAUUUAUGAUAAAUAGUAAUAUACAUACAUACAUAUAUAUACCCUUAACUGGGUGGGAGAGACGUACAAAAAGUAUUCUUAUCAAAUUGUAAUUUAUAUAAAAGUUAAUUCAUUCAUAGUACCGUUAUACAAUAUACGUACAUAAUACGAACAUGCAUAAAACACUAAUGGAGUAACAAACAAAAUAGUAUUUAUUGUCUUUUAAAUCCAGCGAAAUACACGAGUACAUACAUAUAGUAUGUGGAACAGCUUCUAAUAAAAGCAACAGUUGAAAACAUGUCAAUUACGAUUGAAUAAGACGAAGCAUUAUGCCAUUGCUCUUUUAGUAUUAGAAUAUCGAUAGGAAUGAAGGAAAAAUUAUCUAUCACACACAUACAUGCACACAUUUGCACAUGAAGCGGUGUUUGUGUAGAGUAAUUUUUUUUUUUUUUUUUGUAAUCAUAACACCCGAAAUAGGUCGAAGCAUAGUUGUGUAUAAAAUAUUUAAAUUAUAUAUAACAGUGGAAAAUGAAAAGGAAAAGUAAAUAAAAGA